UGGUCACUGGAUCUUAUGAAGUACACAGACGUUAUAAAACAGUCAUCUUGCAUAAAAAACAGUGAACUAAAAGAUCAUAUGGUCUAUCCAGAGAAUGUACCAGCUGUGCAUUAAUUUAUUACAACAGCCAGGUCGGAAAAGAGUCAUCAUCUCUCUUGAAAAGGAUGUAAAGAAGUUAACUGAACCAAAAGAAAAAACCAACAAGUCAGUGCUGACUGUUGCUUGUGAACAAACUGAAGUCCUUCUUUUUGAUCCGAUAUCUUCAAAGCACAUAAAAACUCUCUCUGAAGCUCAUGAAGACUGUGUAAAUAAUAUCAGGUUUCUAGAUAAUCGACUGUUUGCAACGUGUUCUGAUGACACUACAAUAGCACUUUGGGAUCUGAGAAAGCUAAAUACAAAAGUGUGCACUUUACAUGGUCACACCAGCUGGGUUAAGAACAUCGAGUAUGAUACGAAUACAAGACUACUAGUAACAUCAGGGUUUGAUGGAAAUGUGAUCAUCUGGGACACAAACAGGUAUGUGUGUAUAUGCGUGCUGUUACAUUUCUAGAACAGGCAAAGAUAGGAUUCUUUUACAUAAGAUGGAAACGCUAUUCAUUGAAGGAUGUCAUAAUGCAUUUUUAAAUACUGUGAUUAGUUCAUAGGCCUUGUAAAGAGCUUACAUCACCUUGAUAUAGUAAUUGUUUAGAAGGUAGAAAGAGAAGGGGAUUUUAUUUGCUGAGACUCCAGAAUUCAGUUCUUCCUUUCUGAAAAUGUUCUGUCUUCAUUGUCCUGGCGGUAUGAAAAUGUGACUGCUGACCUGUCAUUAAAAUCUGAUUCAAGUAGGAUAGAAAGUAGUGCAUAAAAGGAGUUUUGGGGUGGACAAGGAUGCUCAGCACAUCUUGAACUGUUCUAGA